UCGUCUUGCCUCCAUUUUGCUCUGGUGUGUAUGUGUGCGUGCGCAGUGUAGGUGUAAACUGGAGAGAAAACAGGACCGAAAGCGGACGCAUUGCAAAAUCUCUACAGAAAUGGACGGCAUCGGUGAUGUUGCAGUUGGAGUGAAGAGAGGAUCAGAUGAGCUGAGUAUGUACAACAGUCCCAACUCUGGCAUGAGCAGUAUCAGUGACGGGGCUUCCAAUGGCAGUGACAGUAAAAAGCUCAGGGUGGAGGAGGCCCCUCCAUCUCGUGUGCUCCACAUCAGGAAGCUGCCCAACGAGGCCUCAGAGACUGAAGUCAUCGCCCUCGGUUUGCCUUUUGGCAAAGUCACCAACAUCCUCACACUAAAGGGAAAGAACCAGGCGUUCUUGGAGAUGGGGACGGAGGAGGCGGCCAUCACUAUGGUUAACUACUACACCACAGUAACUCCUCAUAUCCGCAACGUCCCCGUCUUCAUUCAGUACUCCAAUCACAAAGAACUCAAAACUGAUGCUGGCAAUCAGCGGACUCAGGCAGUGCUGCAGGCGGUGUCAGCGGUCCAGUCCGGUGGGUCGCCGAGCUCAGAUGUUCAGGAGGCUCUGGCCGCAGCCUCCAGUCCCGUGCUGCGGAUCAUCAUCGACAACAUGUUCUACCCUGUAACGCUGGAUGUGCUGCAACAGAUUUUCUCUAAGUUCGGCACAGUCAUGAAGAUAAUCACAUUUACUAAGAACAAUCAGUUCCAGGCUCUUCUACAGUUCAGUGAUCCUGUCAACGCACAGCAGGCCAAACUGGCGCUGGACGGCCAGAACAUCUACAACUCAUGCUGCACGCUGCGUAUCGACUUCUCCAAGCUCGUUAAUCUGAACGUCAAGUACAACAACGAUAAGAGUCGUGACUACACGCGGCCCGAGCUUCCUGCUGGUGACGGCCAGCCCAGCAUCGACCCCUCGGUGGCCGCCGCCUUCAGCAAAGACUCCAACUCCCUCCUCGGUAAGAUCCCAGGAGCCCUGAACCCUCUGAGCGCCGCAGCAGCAGCUGCUGCUGCUGCAGGGAGGGUGGCCCUGGCUGGACAGACAGGGUCCAGCGGGGUCCUGCUGGUCAGCAACCUCAACGAGGAGAUGGUUACGCCCCAAAGUCUGUUUACCCUCUUCGGAGUGUAUGGGGAUGUCCAGAGGGUGAAAAUCCUUUACAAUAAGAAGGACAGCGCUCUCAUUCAGAUGUCGGACGCCAACCAGGCCCAGCUCGCGAUGAGCCACCUGAACGGCCAGAAGAUGUACGGGAAGAUCAUCCGGGUGACGCUGUCUAAGCACCAGACGGUGGCGCUGCCUCGCGACGGCCUGGACGACCAGGGCCUGACCAAAGACUAUGCCAACUCCCCGCUUCACCGCUUCAAGAAACCCGGCUCCAAGAAUUUCCAGAACAUCUUCCCGCCCUCUGCCACCCUCCACCUCUCCAACAUCCCACAAGAUGUGACGGAGGACGACCUGCGGCUGCUCUUCUCCAACGCUGGAGGCACUGUGAAAGCAUUCAAGUUUUUCCAGGAUCGUAAAAUGGCUUUGAUCCAGAUGUCGACGGUGGAGGAAGCGAUCCAGGCCCUGAUCGACCUUCACAACUACAACAUGGGAGGCAACCAGCACCUGAGAGUCUCCUUCUCCAAGUCCACCAUUUGAGAACGUGACCCACACACUGGUGACAGUUCCAGGGUUUACUGUCUCAGAGCCGGUCAGCAACCUUUCAGACUGUGUCUGGACACUGGGGGGGGACCACAGUGAUUUCAUCAGUUUUGUUGUUGGGGUUUUGUUGAUCCUGUCAUUCCUUGAGAGACACUGAAACCUUUGACUUUCAUCCUUUUUUUAAAGAACAGUUGUUGCAGAAUCUGGAUCCUCCCAGCUGUUCUUAACUGUACCUCUGUAUUUUUAUGUCACAGAUAUUGACAUGAUUGAUUGUCCUCCUGUACGAUAGUUUGAUGUAGAUCAAUGUUUAAUUCUUGAUUUAGUUGAAAAGAUAAAGUACUUAUGUGCCUUACUUGACAUUAUCAGCUGUUUAUACAGAUGGACGUCUUCAUUAAUACCCUCCGAAGCUUUUGAGGCACAUUGGUAUUGAAUAUUUUUGGGGGCUGGUGAGAACACAAGCUGUUUUGUCAUCCUCUAGACAUUAUUACAGUUUUUGAAGCUGUGCCACCAACCAGGCGAAGCUGUUCUGUUCUGUUUCAGAGUUUUAGAUUCAUAACAUUUUCUUUUUUAGUCUAGCAGCAGGAGAGAGGAAUAUUCCUGAGGAAACAUGUCAGAGUUUUUACAGCAGCCUGUGACAGGCAGUUUAACUUGAAUUCCAUUAUUCCACAUGUACGUUCAGUGCGAGGUUGAACUCCCCCAGUUUGGGCUUCACAAUUCAUGCUUAAGACGAACUAUCACAGCGUGGCUCACGGCUAAGUAUUUCUUUAUGUGUGUUUUUUGAAGCCUUCCAUGCUUUUCCAUAUCAGUGAGAUGUAAUUGUCAGUGACAAUGGUUUUCUGAGCAUGUGUAGUGACGAUAGGAUCUCACAUCAGAAAGUGUUGCAUGCUGUGGAGGCAGAUAGAAGAUGAGUCCACUGUGAUUUCAUUGUCAUGUGACAGUUUACUCGAGAGGGCUACUCGGUUGGACCAAAGUUUCUGUGCCUUUAGUUCCUGUUCCUUUAAUUCAUUUUAACAAGAAAAAAAAAAAAAAAAGCAUUUGAAAAUAAUGAAAUGUUGAUUUCAGGAAAAAUGCCCAGAAUGUUAAGUGUCGAGUAAAUUCCCACUCGUUUUUUUUGAUACAAUAAAACCUCUGGACUUGAGCGUGUCUGCUCAGAAAUAAUAGUUCUGUAUAUUUUUUCCUCUUAGUCUGAUUUUCUACAGCUCAAAAUGUAACGAUUUGGUAUAGUUUUGAAGAGGCACAAUUAAAGGUUGGAUUAUUUUCUAACGAGGGGAGGUGCGACUUGGUUUCCUGCUUUUUGAGUUUUCCCUCUCAUGGUCUUUUGGUGUACACUGCAUUACCUCUGUAGCAUGCCUAAUAAAACUCUUCUGUAGCUCUGCAUUCAC